CUCACUUUGACUUCAUUCAGCCACCCGUCAAACGCGACCUUCCCCGGCAUACUAGUGAGCAGAGGCGGGACUCCCUUGCUGACUCCCUAUAUUGUUAUCCCAUCUCAUUGGACCAGCCAGACAUGCAGACCUAGGGAUAUUCUUUCUAGUCGUCUGCUAAAAUGCACCACCACAAUUGUCCCCUCUCCUUCGAUACCCACGGCCUUCCUCUUUGAACUGCGCCUGCUAUUCGUAGCUCAAGCUGUCAAGCUGUCGGAAGAUGCCUCGAAAACACCCUGCCUGCUCUUCGAGAGUGACGACGCCGCGGCCUCCCAACGAAACCUUUGACACCUAUGCACACAGCCUGCCAGAUCCAAACUCUGGUAUACUCCUCCCCCCCGGUAGACCUUUCCGGUCCCGUUUGCCCCCUUCUAUUACUCCUGUUUGAGCCAGUCCCUGAGCCCAACUUUUCCAUCGCCGACCUCUUGCUUUUACCAGCCGAUCUGUGCACUUGGUUCCCAGCACCUUGGGGAGGGAAAAGCAAGAUACUCAUAAGAUUAUACUCAAAAUAAACAAGACGAGGCCAACCCCACUAUUUUCCCAGAUUUUUGGUGCCGAUCUGCCUCGCGGAAGGAGGUGAACCGUACGAUCUGAGCACAGGCGACCCCUCCUCCCAUGGCGGUAUAUCUCUAUGAUCAACAGGGUAGUUGGCCCCUCGUCUCUGCAUCUUGUGGCAGCAGUCGCGUGUCUCAGGGUCGAACUCCAUAAAAGACCCUUGUUAGAUGCAUGCAAAAAGGUGGGAAGCUCCCUCCCCAUUGUGGACGCCUUGGAUCUAUGUUGCUACAUGCGGCACCCUGUCCUCCAUUGAACCUUACACUGCCGAUUGCUCCAAUGAUGGCACACCUUGAAUUACGAGGUUGAACGACUGAGUGAGUGUCGGGACAAAUACAAGGCCCUUGGCAGACUGUGAUCUCCCUUACUUAGAGGAGAGAAUGCCCGCCUCUCCGGCUCUCCUUUUUCUCUUUCUCUUUUCACAGAAAGAUUCGUUCAGUUGUCCCCAUCCGUGAUCUCCGACCAGAGCCCUGAAAUCUCCCCCUAUUACCCUCACCGCAAGAACCAGCCGAAGACAUGGCGGGAAGAGUCAAGAAGUUCACCGUCGGCGUGUUCGGCGACCCGGGAGCGGGCAAAACAACACUCAUCCAUCAGUAUCUCUUCGGGCAAUACCUUGAGGAGCACAAAAACAUGGUGCACUACGGCAAAUGGGUCAACGUCGAGUCCGAGCUGAUUGAGCUCGACAUCAUCGAGACGGGCAAGGACCCCAUGGACUAUCCCGAGUGCGACGCCAUGAUCUUCGUCUUCAGCACCUCGUCGUCGGCGACCUUCCACUCGGUGAUGCGGUACCAGAACAGCCGCCGCCGGCUGAUUGCCUUGGUCGGCACCAUGACCGACUACCAUGGGCAGACGGUGGCAUAUGACGCCGGGCUCAACCUGGCCAAGUGCAUGGGGGCCGGGUACUUCCACUUCUCCCCGCACCACGGCUGGGGCGUGCAGACGCCCUUUGAGUUCCUGCUCCGCCGCUUCGUCGUGCAGCAGCCCAAGCAGGUCGAGAUCGUCCAGGUGCCCUCGAUCAACGUAUACCAGUGGGUGCGAGCCAAGUGGUACGUCCACCGCAUUAAGAAGCCCAGGAGCAAGGUCUGGUACGACGACUAGACUGGGACAAGGGAUGUGGGAUGGGGAACAAACCAGUUUUGACUCAAGAGUCAACAGGCGUCUCCUCGCACUGUCAAUGAAUGAUGAACGAUAUAUCACAGCCACCUAGACGCAACAGCCAACAAUCCACCGACCCAUCGACGGAAGGGAUGAGAUGAUAUGACACCUCGGCAGAAGAAACCGAAUAACGAAAUCUUUGAAACCAACGCGGAAGAAGAAAAUAAACACACACACACAAUCGAGGCAUUACCAUCGGAGGUUGUAGCUAGCAACUCCUCUUCCUCCUUUUUCCUCUUUCCUAACCCCUUCUUGCCCUCUCACGCCAGGGUAGGGGGUGGUUGAACCUCUUGUACGACUUACGACCUUCACGACACACCCACACAAUCGAUCGACACAGCGACAGACUGACAGACGACAUGGGCACGGACAUCGAUAUGGACAUUCACAUGGACACCACCGACCAGCCACAACACCUCCAGCGAGGCUUUCAUUCGGCAUUGGCGGUCAUUAUUUUCGGGCAUUUCUAUUUUGGCUUCAAUCACUUUCUCUUUCCCCCUUUUUUCUUUCCCUUUCCAUUUCACUUGAUGCUGGGAAUGAUGGGACGGCCUGGAUUGACGACGAGGAACGAGAAACCAAAGCGGGGCGUAUGACUUGGGGCACUUGGAACCAUGACUAGGGCACAACAUCGGGAAGUUUUCAUUAACUUUGUGAAUCAACAAAACCCGCCUUGCGUACCAAGGGGCAAAAAGUUUCAUCUCUAUCUUUCUCUCUCUCUUUAUUGUACUAUUACCAACUAUAGCUUCCGG